UUAUUGGUAUAUACGAGAAAAUGUUGGUUUUUUAUAUACUCAUUCGGUAUAUAUUCUUGUUGACUCUCUAUUUGGCUUAUAAGAAAACAUCAAAUUGUACAGGUGACUGUGGCAAUGACGGAACAAUAUCCAAAAAUGAAUGUUGUUCAAAUUAUCACUUGGUUGAUGGGAUAUGUGAAGUUUGUCCUGCAGGAUUCUUUGGUAGCAAUUGUUCAGUUCGGUGUCCUUUCCCGUCCUAUGGAUUAUUUUGUGGUUACAAUUGCAACUGCAGCUCAUCUGAAUGCAACAACAUUCAUGGAUGUUGGCACUAUGAAUCAACAGAACCAGCAACACAGACAACCAACAUAAACCACAUCUUCAGAACUACCGAUCACAUUACUGGAUUAUCGGAGACAUCCUCUAACCCUUCUCAAUCCGUCUUAUUCACUGGUCUUAACUCAACCAACCUUAUCCUGAUCGUAGGAGGAGUAAUAGUUCUCUUCCUAAUUGUUAUUAUCAUUAUACAAGUAAGAGGACAGCGUAGAAGAAAUCAAGACCAGGAAAGGCAACAUUCCACUAGGAGCCAACAGUAUGUGGCCACUGCAGAAACUGUGUACUGUGAUAUUGAUGAAAAUUAUGAUCGUAUGCAAUCAAAUAGGCCUUCUGAAGAGGUCAAAAAAGAAGAGAACAUACCACUUGU